GUUUGGGUGUCUGGAGUGGAGAGAGUGGAGGACAAAAACGGACUGCAUGACCUCAUGAUAGAGCACAAAGCUGGAGAAACGGACUUUAUCACAGGUCAGAAUGUCACUUCGCAUCAGGGCAGGAUUUUACCGCCAAGAGGUGAACAAAACAGUGUGGGAUGUUCCGGAGAGGUACCGAGAUCUGCUGCAGGUGGGCACAGGGGCGUACGGAACCGUCUGUUCUGCCAUUGACCGGAAGACAGGUGUGCGGGUGGCUAUCAAGAAACUCCAUCGUCCAUUCCAGUCCAGACUCUUCGCCAAGCGAGCUUACAGAGAACUGAGACUGCUCAAACACAUGAAGCACGAGAACGUGAUUGGGCUGUUGGAUGUCUUCACUUCCGAAAUAUCACUGGACAGGUUCCAGGAUUUUUACUUGGUGAUGCCAUUCAUGGGUACUGACCUUGGGAAGCUGAUGAAAAUGGAAAGAUUGUCUGAAGACAGGGUGCAGUUUCUGGUGUAUCAAAUGCUGAGGGGGCUAAAGUAUAUUCAUUCUGCUGGGAUCAUUCACCGAGAUCUAAAACCAGGAAACCUGGCUGUCAACCAGAACUGUGAGCUGAAGAUUCUGGAUUUUGGGCUGGCCAGGCAGGCGGACUCAGAGAUGACAGGUUAUGUGGUGACUCGGUGGUACAGAGCACCUGAGGUCAUUCUUAACUGGAUGCGCUACUCACAAACAGUUGACAUCUGGUCAGUUGGUUGCAUUAUGGCAGAGAUGCUUCUUGGGAGGCCGCUCUUCAAAGGAAAUGAUCAUCUGGACCAGCUGAGAGAAAUCAUGAAAAUCACAGGAACGCCAGCACCGGACUUCAUCAUAAAGCUACAGAGUCAGGAUGCAAAGAAUUACAUUAGAAGUCUGCCCAAAGUGCCAAAGAAAGACUUGCACACCAUUUUCUUUAAAGCCAGCUCAGAUGUGGUAAGUGCCAUGGAGCGGAUGCUGGUGUUGGACCCUGACGGGCGUGUGAGUGCUGCUGAGGCUCUGGAGCUCCCGAUGUUCUCAGAGUUCAGAGAGCCAGAGGAGGAGACAGAGGCACUACCCUAUGACCACUCCAUGGACAACACAGACCUGCCUCUGGAGCAGUGGAAACGUAAGGCGCGGGGAGGGGGUGGGGGGAGAAAUGAAGGAAGCAAAAGAAUUAGAAAAAGCAAAAAACAAAGAGAGAGGGAAGAAAAUGAAUGGAAAAAGAAAGCUGAGAUGGGUAAAGAGAGAGCGAAUGAGUGAGAACGUAGAAGGGUGAUAAAAAGAGUGCCAGAUGGAGGAAGAGAGAGUGAAUUAAAGAGAAUUAAAUGAUUAACUGAUGGCAACUGUGGAACAAAGUGCCACAUUUCACUCCUUUUCACAUUUUCCCCUCUUCUCUGUCUCCCUCUACAGGUCACACCUUUACAGAGAUCCUCUCCUUCCAGCCUC